AUGUCAUCAGAGCAGCAGGUGUGGCACACGGCUGUGCCACCCCCCGGCCAGAGCAGCUGCACAACCACGGUCACCUGGUCGCCCAGCUCAGCGGGCAGCCCCCGGUCCCCCAGCUCAGCGGGCAGCCCCCGGUCCCCCAGCUCGGCGGUCAGCCCCCGGUCACUGAGCACCCCUGGCUCAGAGAAGGUGGCAUCCCCGCUGGAGUGCUCCAUCUGCUUCUCAGGAUACGACAACAUCUUCAAGACCCCCAAGGAGCUUUCCUGCACCCACGUCUUCUGCCUGGAGUGCCUGGCCCGGUUGGCGGCCGCCCAGCCAACAGGGAGCCCGGGCGGCGAGGCUGUGCCCUGCCCAUUCUGCCGGCAGCCCACAGCUGUGCCAGCUGCCGGGGCCCCCGCGCUGCGCACCAGCCGCCAGCUGCAGGCCCGGAUGCCGGUGCACCUGCGGCAGGAGGAGCAGGUGUGGCUGGAGGGCACCAAGCUGUGCUGCCGCCCGCUGCUCGCCACGCCCGGCCGCGCGGCGCCCGACUUCCUGUGCGUGGACGUGGGCCUGAGCAAGCCCGCCGAGCCCGCCGCGCCCGUGCCGGCCCUGGGCCCUGCCCGCCGCCGGGGCCGCCUGGCCCGCUGCUGGGCCCGCUGUGGGGACUGGAGGCGCCUGGCGCUCAUCUCGGCCCUGCUGCUGCUGCUCUUCUGCGUGGUGCUGUGGCCCGUGCAAUGUGCGCUCAGGACUGGGAACCUGCACUGCCUCCCCCGGACCCCCGCAGCCACCACCGCCUCCUCUCCCUUCUCCCUCGGGCCUCUGAUGGACAACUGGGGUCACCAGCCUGUGGCCCAGCUCCGUGGGUGUGUGACAGCUGGGGUCAAGGGCACAGCAGCCUCUGGAAGUCAGUCUCCAGGGACCCCAAAGAAGCCUCAACAUCUUUGA